AUGAGCCGGACAGUCGACUUGGGUCGAUGUCUCUUCUAUGCUAGCGAUUCACCACUUCAGCUUCAGCUCUCCGCAAUUGCGCAUUUCAUCCAUUCCAGUAAAAUCAUGUCUAUCGAACUACCGGUUAAUGCUCUUCAAUGGCCCGAUCAACCUUCAAUCUGGAUUGCUGAGGCUCCAGAACUGGAGAUCCGGCUCUCCAUCGGCAUGCACACAUGCUUGGAGCUCGCAACAUCUGCACUCAUCUGCAACUUGUCGGAAAUGCUCUGUAACUCCAAGGUUUGGUCCGACCUAGGGUUUGCCAUCGUGCUCAAGGGGCAUGGCGAUAACACGAAUACCGAUCUCAUCAGAGCCCACUACAUCACAUUUGGUCUGUGUCGCAUUCCCAUAACCUCCAAUAUCACAAAAGGGCGGGCUCUGCCCGUUGUGCUUCUGAACCCUCCCGAUCCACAUGUUCCACCCUGUGUGCCGACAAUUUCCUUGGCGACAAUCGAUAUAUACGCGGAGUACAAAUACCCACAAGGGAAACAAAAUAUUCACAGACGGACACAUCCCCACGUUGAACACAUGAGUCAACUUGAAUGGCUCUUCCCUUCUGCAGAAUGCUACUAUCCAAUGCACCCGGAAAAAUUUGAAGAGGCCGCGUGUUCAUUGUCUUCUCGCGAGCCUGGGAAGGCUUUUGUCAGACAAAACACUCUCUUCCCAAACGAUGGAGUGAGAUCACCAUCGCCGCAGCAUGAAUCAAUUGACAACUUAGCCGAGGCCAUGCUUCGACUCAUUGACUUCGGCCUUCGAAAAUUGAUCAUUUCCUCUACAGCAAGAGAUCGCCAAAUCAAGCUUGGUGAUAAGAACACCCUUGUGAGCUUAUCCGACUUGGCCCCUGCAGUUUUUAACCCGGACUAUCGCGAGGCAAUACAUCAACGAGCAGCAUCAAUCUCAAUCAUCUCCAAAGCUAUGACAUCCAUGCUUUUAAGCAGCAUGAACCCCAUAAUACAAAGCAAACUUUCUUCCAUGCUCCAACAAUCAAAUGAUUUUAACGAAAAAACUGUUCCACCAGAGCCGCGUGUACCGAGCCUGAAAUCCACCAUCCACUCAUCUUUAUGGCGUAUCGCGCAGCGAAGGACCCGCAGACCUAAAGCGUAUGAAGAGUGCAGGCCGUUUUUUACCCCGGAGCCUAACUUACCACAACAUUACCCAGAUGCCGCUACAAGCAUGGAUUUUGGAGAAUCUACAUUGCCUCACAGUGAUCCCCUCGACUUGGACAAUUCCAAUCUCAACACUACUGAACAAGACCACAUGGAGUACUUCCUCGAAAACGAUACCCUACUCCUGAAGACCUCCAGUGAAUCAUCUUUCGAGGGCCUCGAUGAGUCCACGCCAGCAACUCAGAACGACAACUCCGAAAGGUGCGAGCCUUACCUUUUGGAGUACAGAGACACCGACAUGCUUUUUCUUGACCAUGAAAUUAUUGAUACCUGCGAGUAG